CUCACUGUCACUGGUGCACCGGGGCCGCGCACCUCGCUCGCACCCAGACCUGCCAAGAGCGAGGCCGACGCGCGCUCCCGCGAAUAAGCUCGGGGACGCCGCAGCUAAAGCUACACGGGCAUCGGCCACCGGGCCUCAUCGCUCACGGAAUCCACCGUCGUUCAUUUUGUUCAGGCGGACCUCCGACCGGCAGGGAUUAGAAACGUGCCCGAUCAUAUGUGUGUGGAGGGGGGAAGGAUAGCGCAUAAUGGUUCGGGAGACCAGACACCUUUGGGUGGGAAAUUUACCCGAACAUGUCCGAGAGGAGAAAAUUGUGGAGCAUUUCAAACGGUAUGGGCGCGUGGAGAGUGUUAAAGUUCUGCGGAAGCGAGGGUCAGAGGGUGGUGUUGCAGCGUUUGUGGAUUUUGUGGAUAUCAAAAGUGCGCAGAAGGCUCACAAUGCUGUCAACAAAAUGGGAGACAGGGACCUGCGGACUGACUACAAUGAGCCCGGAUCCGUCCCUAGUGCUGUUCGGGGCCUCGAAGACAGCUCUCCCUCGAGCAGUCGAGACGUUACAGGAUUCUCUAGGGCAACAGUUGGUCCAGUGUUUGGCCCACCUGUGUCCCUUCACACCAGAGAAGGACGUUAUGAACGGAGAAUAGAUGGUAGCUCAGAAACCCGUGAACGUGCAUAUGAUCACAGCCCAUAUGGACACCAUGACCGCAGUGGCACUUUCGACCGGCAGCGUCACUACAACACUGAAUAUUACCGUGAUCGUUCUAUGUUUGCUGCUGCUGGCCCGGGGAGCAGUGCUGUUGGGGGAAGCUUUGAGGCAACAGACCCACAUUUUGACUCUAGAAUUCGAGAGCCCUUCACUCUUACUAAUUCAACACGACGUGACCUGUACAGAGAUGACCGAGGACGACGUGUUGACAGAACCUACCAUCAUCGGCGAAGCCGAUCGUCUCAUUCCUCACAGUCAAGGCACCCUUCCCCACAACGGACCACGGGACAAACCCCCAAAACCCCUCAUUCGCCUAAAAGAGCUCCUUUGUCCCCUGGUAGAGGCCCAAGAUCUCGGUCCCGCAGCCGAUCUUCAAGCUCUGAUUCUGUCAGCAGCACCAGCAGCACGGGCAGUGGCAGUGAUUCAAACAGCAGCUCAAGUGAUGGGUCCCGGGCACGUUCUGUUCAGUCGUCGGCUGCACACGCCCCUACUCAGUCAUCAAUGGGGCUGGACUCAGAUGAACCACGCAGAAGCUUUGGAAUUAAAGUUCAAAACUUACCAGUGCGCUCCACAGACACAAGUUUAAAAGACGGACUCUUCCAUGAAUUCAAGAAACAUGGGAAAGUGACCUCUGUGCAGAUCCAUGGAGCAUCGGAGGAUCGUUAUGGUUUGGUGUUCUUUAGACAGCAAGAGGAUCAAGAGAAAGCCCUAACUGUUUCCAAGGGAAAGCUUUUCUUUGGCAUGCUUAUUGAAGUCACUGCCUGGAAUGGUCCUGAAACAGAGAGUGAAAAUGAGUUCAGGCCCUUGGAUGGGCGGAUAGAUGAGUUCCACCCAAAGGCCACUAGGACCCUGUUUAUUGGUAACCUUGAGAAGACCACCAGUUAUCAGCAACUCCUUGACAUCUUUCAGCGGUUUGGAGAAAUUGUGGACAUUGACAUCAAGAAGGUGAAUGGAGUCCCCCAGUAUGCCUUUGUGCAAUAUUCUGAUAUUGGCAGUGUGUGCAAGGCCAUAAAGAAGAUGGAUGGAGAGUAUCUGGGGAGCAACAGACUAAAGCUUGGUUUUGGGAAGAGUAUGCCCACAACAUGUGUUUGGCUAGAUGGUUUGGCAACCAACAUUACAGAACAAUACCUCACCCGUCAUUUCUGUCGCUAUGGACAUGUAGUUAAGGUUGUGUUUGAUAGAUUGAAAGGGAUGGCCCUUGUCAUGUACAACAACACAGAUUUUGCUCAAGCAGCUGUAAGGGAGACCAAAGGCUGGAAGAUUGGUGGCAAUAAAAUAAAGGUGGACUUUGCAAGCCAAGAGAGUCAGAUGGCGUUUUACAGAUCUAUGCAGGCAUCUGGCCAAGACAUCAGAGACUUUUAUGAAAUUCCUACUGAGCGAAGGGAGGAACGCAGACCUCCGUAUCAUGAAUUCACAGCAGAAAGAGCAUACUAUGAGAACAUACGAACCCCUGGCCUCUACCCCACAGAAGAGGCUCGAAGAGACUAUGCUGCCCGCAGCCGAGAGCGGUUUCCUGAACUGGAACAUUAUCAGGGAGAACCUUUUGACCCACGUUACCAUGAAGACCCAAGAGACUACAGGGACUACAGAGACCCCUUUGAGCAAGACAUUCGAAAAUACACAUACAUUCAAAGAGAACGAGAAAGAGAGCGAGAACGCUUUGAGGCGGAUCGCACUAGGUGGAGCCCCUCCCACCCAAGGCGACCUAUUACUCCAACAGUAUCGCCCUCUCCAUCUGAGCGUGCUCCCAGAGACUCAGAGAGACGGGUUUAUAGCCAGUCCUCUGAGCGAAGUGGCAGUGUGAGCUCAAUGUCACCACCACACUUUGACAAAUCGGAAAAGACUCCGGUGGAGCAUUCUUCUAAGAGUGACAAAGCUGAAAAGAGCAGUCAACCUGAUCGUUUGGCUAGUGCUGAGAAAACCAAACGUGCAAAACGAAAAGAGAAAGUUGACAAAGACAAAGCUGAGAAGGUUAAAUCAAGGAAAGCAAAGGGGCAAUCCCCAUCCAACCCAGUACCUGAAACAGAACUUGAGGCUGGUUUUGAAGGAGGCUCUGGAAGAGGAAGGGGAUCAGACCAGGAUGCUCAUGAGAGGCAGAAAUCUAAGGGGGAGGGUGACUCUGUGUCUGGAAUUCAGGUGCCAACUGCUAAUCACGACUCUCUGAAAACUGAAAGAUCUGAAAUUAGUAAAGGAGAUAAUUCAGAUAUGGAUGGGAAAAGUCGACUCAAGAAACAUCUCAAGUCUGAUACUGGAAGUGACGGAAAAGAUUUAUCAGUGGAUUCAGAUCGCCUUGCAGCAAGGAAAAGACGCUUUGCUGAUUCUGGUGGAAAGACUGUUCAUCAGAAGAGAAGCAGACAUGAGGAUGAGGAUCAGUCCUCUGACUUAGGUACCAGUGCCACAUAUUUGAAAGAGUCAGACACUGAUAAACACAAAGAAUCACUACGAAAAGAUUCAAGACUCAAAGUUGAUAAAAGUAGCACUCAAAAAGAUGCUCAAGAGGACCUUAGAGGACAAAGAGAGAAAUCAGAGGGAUCUUUGGACACUUCGGAGUCAAAACGCCAUGCGGGGCACACUUCAUCGAGAAGGUUUUCACAUGAGGGGGUUGCAGAACAAGGCAAUACAAGAGAACAAGCACACCACGUUGCUAUUCAAUUUGGUGGUCAGAAUAGUGACACUGACAAAGGCCCCAAGAACAAGGAAGACCAUGUUGACAUUGACCUGUCUCAGAGUUACCGCAAGCAAAUGGAGCAAAAUAGACGUUUACACCAGCAGCAACAGCAGCGCGAGUCUGACAAACCUCACAAACCAGAUAGUCCUCAAGGAAGUGAAAUGGAGGACUUGGAGCAUCGCAGUCUUGUGCAUGAAGUUGGAAAGCCCCCUGAAGAUGUCACGGAUAAUUUCCCAUCUCACAAACUAAAGAAAAUCGACCAAUUUGACACAGACUUGGGGAUAAAGAGAGAGCGGGUCUACAGGAGCUUUAGACAAAAAAGUGAAGAUCCUGAAUGGAACCACACCGCCUCUCCAGGACAUCACCACCUCUCUCUCCAUCCAGAUGAGGACUUUGCGGAUCCAUCUCAAAAGGAGUCAAGUCGAAAUGAUGAAAAGAUUCACCCAGAUGUGGAGCUCUUAUUCAAAAGGACACAUAACACACAAAUGAACAAACAAAACACGCCUAUACUGAGUGUGGAAGAAGAGCAGCAAAAGAGAUGGGAGAGCAGAGUUAAACAAGACUUGAUACCUGACCUUAACUUUUCCAGAAGUCUUAGUAAAAACAUCCACAAUUGCAAGCGUUUGGAAUAUGGUAUUUGGCAUGACUUGGAGCCAGGAGAAGUGCGAUCAGAUUCUGAAGAGGACAGAGAGCCGAAACCCCACUCUCCUGUGCCCUCGACAUCUGUGCCUUUUUCCGAGAGGCCAAGGGUUGACAGGUUUUCAGACCCCAAGCUAGCACAACUUGAAAGGAACAAGUUCUACUCAUUUGCACUCGACCAGACUAUUACACCAGAUACAAAGGCUCUGCUUGAACGUGCAAAAUCUCUUUCAUCUUCUAGAGAGGAUAACUGGUCAUUUUUAGAUUACGAUUCUCACUUUGCAGGUUUACGCAACAGAAAAGAUACUGAGAAAGUAGAAUCAGCGCCAAGGCCUACACCUUCUUGGUACAUGAAAAAGAAAAAGAUUCGGAUUGGAUCUGAAGACAAACUUGAGGACAGGAAAGAAGAACCUAAGCCAGAGGAGCAUGAACGGAGGGAACUAUUUGCCUCCCGCUUCCUUCAUAGCCCGGUAUUUGAGCUGGACUCGCGACGUCUUCAACACUUGGAACGAAAACAUGAAGAACCUGAGCAUGCUCAAAACCAGCAACCUAGUCAGCAAGGUAUAGCAGAUGGUGAACUUGACUCUGGGCCAGUUGUCCUUUUCCAUAGUCGUUUUUUGGAACUCACACGACUGCAACAGCAGAAGAAUAAAACCCAACAGCAGCAAGAGGCAAAAGGAGACCCAAUGGUCACAUAUAAGGGAAAAGUGCUGGUUCAAGAGCAGCAAACUUUACAGUCACCUGAAACAAUAGGAUCUAUUAUGGAGCCCGAAAUUAAACCCAUCAGUCCAGCUGAAGAGGUAAUUUCUGAACCCAGACUCACACCUACGUCUGUCACCCAAUCUGUGGUUAAGGACUUUCCUCCACCAGAAGACAAAUGUGCUGCGAUAAAUCCAGCCCCUGAUCCAUAUCCCCACGUGUCUUUCAUAAAGGAAGAGAUAAAAGAAAAUAAAUAUGUGGUACCCAUUCACCCCCCGCCAGCUGAGACAUCUGAAUCAGAACCUGCACCUGUUGUAUCAUCCGAACCCAGUCCCUCAGUGGAUAGAUGUAAGCUUUCUCCAUUUGAAGUGAAAUUGGAAUUUGUUCCUGAGGAUGUAAAACCUGUGGUUGCAACACCAUGUCGCCGGAGUUCUCAGGAUGAGCUUGUUAUCAGUUUAGAACCAGAGAUGGAUCUUGAGAUGACACAACCAGAAGUGCCUGUAGCCACUAGUCCCAUACCAUCUAGUUAUCUAGAUGAGGGGGAUGUCCAGAAAGUGAUACAUUCCACUUGUAAAAUAGUACCAGAGCCUGAGGGAGAAAAUAAACUUCAAGUUAGUAAAGUGCAUAUUCCUUUUGAUAGUGCCAAAAAUGAUGAGCCAGUCUCACCCCAGAAAGAGCAUAAAACAAAAGAGAAAAAUAAAAAAUCCAAGCAAUCCCCUGCUCAAGUUAUUCCUGUUCCUGUCAUGUCGGCCUCAGUCUCUGAGAAACAAGCUACUCGCAAAAGUGAGCGCAUCGACAAAGAGAAACUGAAACGUGGAUCUUCCCCCAGAGCUGAAUCAAGAUCCACAGGCAAAUCUCCUAUUCAUGGAUCAGACCCUGAUAUGUUGGAGCAAAGCAUAUCUUUAGGCAGAGCCAGACGAAGAAAUGUUAGGUCUGUGUAUGCUACCCCCGUUGAAGAUGAUGCACCAGUUCGUUCUGGAAAAGAAAUUGCAGAGUCUCCACGCUCUGCACGAAAGCGAGGCACAGACAAAGAAGCAGCACAUCAACAAAACAUUGAGCAGGAUCCACCUGCUCCAGUCCCUGCAAAUAAACGGGGCCGUCCUCCCAAAAAUCGCAGACAUGGUGAUGAUGGUACAACUAUUAAAGUGGACAAACCCAAAAUGGAUAAAGAAACUGAUUCAAAUGAAUCAGAAAGUGGCGAACGAGUAUCAAAAGGCAAAACAUCGCCUCAUAUCACAAAGGGUUCAACAAAUCAGAUGUCCACAGCCUUUGGUUCUGGAUUAACACGGAAGGGGGACAAAACGGAGAUGACAGAGGAUGACGAUGAGGAAAUGGAUUUCACAGAGGAAGAUACAUUGGCCUUUCAAGAUUCAUCAAGUUCAUGUAAAGAAGAUCCAUCAACUAAAGUUGACCAAACAAAAGAGGAGAAAGAAAAACAAGGAAGAGAAUUGGGCAAAGAAAAAGAUGUGACCAGUGAGGGUAAAUCAAAUGGAAAAGAGACGGAUACCUCAGUCUUAGAAGAGAAUCUGACCUCGGAAAAAGAAAAGAUUGUUAGAGGAAAAACCAAGUUGACAAGGACUCCCAGGUCUCCUGUCCUCAAGAACCUCAAAAUAAGACUAAAUGUAACUGAGGUGAAAGACCUUCUUCAAUUAGAUGAACUUGGGUCUCAAGAAGACAGUUCAAAGUUCAAACCUGGUGAACACAGUGAUCCUGUUUCAAAGUGCACUGAUGCUAUUAAAGGGGACGCCCAUAAUGUAGUAAAGGAAAAUGAUGAUUUAGAUGAAGAGGUCCUGGAAACACCAAAAAGCUUAAUUUCACAGGAGCUUGAAUUGGAGCAGGCUCUGAAGAACAUUGCAAAUCCAGACUUUCCAGGAGAACUACAAACACCAGCUGUUUCACAGGCGGAAGUAAAAAACCCAGAUGAAGAAAAAUCGGCCACUCCAGCUAGCGAGACAGAACUCAUGGCUGCUAUUUACUCGAUAACCCCUGAGGAUACACCUGUAUCCGUAACCCAGCCUCCUCCACUAAGAACAGAUGUAGCAUCCGAGUCUGAGAUGCAAGACUUCAUUCAUCCUGCCAAGGAAGAUGAAACGAAAACGACCACCAUACAGGAGGAACCUGUUUGUCAAACCACGCCUAAAAAGGGCACCAAGGGCAGACCUAAAACGCCAAAACGGCAGAAAACCCAAAAGCAAGUAAGAAAGGAUAUAAAGGAAGGACCUUCUGUAAGUGAGGAACUGACAGCUACAGUAACAGAGAGCAUAGCCUCUGGUGUAAUGAUUGUGUCUGAGACAACUCCAUCAGCAGCUGCGACGGUUAUUACUCCGACUGCUUGGAAACCAGAACCCGAGCCUUCCGUUGUCAAGGCUACUGAUGUAAAUGCAGAGUCUGAAUCAUCUUCUGAAGAACAAAUUCAACAUCUCAAAUCUGCUUACCCUCUGCCUAAGAGUCCAAUAUGCCCAAAGCCUCUGCAGCUGCCAUCUGAGUGCAUCUCCCCUUCCUUGUCUCCUCUUGCAAGUAAGCCCAAUAUCAGACCCAUGCAAACAAGUACAAGUUCUAUUUCUCCUACAGAUUGGCUCCCACUGUCUAAAGAUGCAGGUGUCUCCACUUCACCUGUUGUGACGUUGACUUCAAAGGAAAACCCGCCUUUACCCUUAGAAUCUGAAAACAUGGAAAGUGAACAUGGUACAAGUGACUUGAGACCAAAACUCAUGAAAUAUAAAAACCUUUCACUGCCGGUCAGCAACCUUUCACUGCCGGUUAGCAGUUCUUUUUCUAGUGACCUACCCUCCCUCCGAGAUCAGAACCAAUCUGAAAGUAAUACUCCAUCAGCUAUUGUGCCAAAUAAGUCACCACUACCUGAUACUAGAAUGGCUGCUCAUUCAGCCCCGUCAGUUGUUAGACCUCCUGUCACGCUGCCAUCCCCUGAGACCAAGUCUGUGAUCUCCGUCAUUGCAUCCACUGCAACCUCUGUUAUCAGUCGUGUAUGUAACCCUCCUGAGCCUGAAAACAAAGUAAACAUUAGUAUUGGAAAUCCCUGUGUGGACAUGACUCUACCCAAAUCUAGCUAUAGGCCCAGUAAAGACGAUACUGGAUCAUACCAUGGGCAAUCUGUCGGUGAUGAAGGGGGAAGUGCUUCCCGUUUCAUUGUUGAGAGCACCACCCUUGGUGUGGGAUCCUGCCCUGGUCUGAGGGUAAAUACAUCUGAAGGAGUGGUUGUAUUGAGCCACUCGGGCCAGAAAAUAGAGGGACCUCAGCGAAUUAGUGCGAAAAUAAGUCAGAUCCCACAAGCAACUGCUGGUGACAUGGAAUCUCAGCAGUUGGUGUCAAUGCCCCAGAUAAAACAGGAAAUGUAUGGUCAUUCUCAGUCAGGACUUCAGAAGGGGUCUUCACUGCAGGCAGAUCAUGGGCAUCCUGGUAAGACGCAGUCCGCUUUAUCUAUUAAACAAGAAAGCUGUGGUUUGGAAAAGAUUGAAUCCACUUACCAGUCUGGACCUCAAGGAGUAGUGAAGCGUCUCACACCGGGUAACCAGCAAGUAUUAGGCUACCAUCAGGAUUACAUGCCUUUGAAACAUCAAAAGAAAAUGGAUAGUGCUGAUCCUCAUAGUACUGAUGGAGCUAAACCAUCUUGGACAUCUGCUAUAAGUCCAGCUAUCAGCCCCCAUUUGCCCUCUCCACCGGGCAACCAUGUCGGUUUUGUUUCAGCAGCUGGUGACAGAGCUCCCUCACAUCUCAGUGGGGUCAAACAAGAACCACGAUCUCCACGCAAGUCAGGUCAUCCACACUCUACAUUUACUAAAGUGUCCUCACCCAUAGGCUCCUCAUCCCCUAAAGGCAUACCAGUGAUGUUAUCCACUGGACUUCCUGCCAUGCAGCAGUUCAUUACUGGUGUACAUCAUCCAGAGCAGACAGUGAUCAUGCCACCUCACAGUGUGCCUGGAGGCUUGGGGCGGAUGUCUCCUCACUGUGUUAACCAAUCAAUUCCAGUGGGCCAUCUUGUCCAAGAUGUCCGUGUCAAUACUCCACCUCUCUCUGUGAUGAGCUAUGGGAUGCAUAGUGAGCCUCUUGCAUCUCCCUGGUCUGGUCCAAUGCAGCCACGGCCAGCCUCACCCCAGGCUGUUGGCAGAGAAAAGGUUCUCAAGGUAAACCCUGGUUCUUUGAGGAGUCAUGAUGGGGAACAGGAAGAAGCCAGACACUUCCACAUGGCAGGAAGACAACCGAGCGCACAGCUCAAACCGGAGACUUUGCAGUCAGAUCCUCGUGGGUCAUUGCGAAGUGGUGUCCAGUUGGAAACAUACAUGGCACCGAGAGAAAUGCGUGUGCUGUUGCACCAACAGGGAGAGCGUUCAGCCCAAGACCCACAUUCUGGACACAUUCAAGAGAUUCCCCCCCUGUCGCCAAGACCCCAUGUUUUGCCUAAAGGUGUGUCUGAGAAGGAUAUAACAAAGCCAUUAGAUGCGAAGAGGCCCCACUCCCCUCUUCCUAAAGAUGGAGUGAUGGGUAUGCGACAAUGUGGACCAGCAAUGGCGUCUCCCCAGAGAGUACAGCUAAUGCAACCAGGGCCCAGUGGUUCAUUCUCAGAGUACACAGGGAUGUACCCAAACCCAAGAGGCAUCCAUUCUCAACUACCAGAGACAUCUCCUGUUAACCAGCCACCACUGAGCGUCACCCCAAAUAUCGGUACAGAACUCCAGGCAAAACCAGAUAGCAAGAUGACGCAGCCUGCUAAUAUGGUGCAGUUGCUCACGAAAUACCCCAUCGUGUGGCAAGGCUUGCUGGCGCUGAAGAAUGACACAGCUGCAGUCCAACUGCAUUUUGUCUGUGGAAACAAAGUUUUGGCUCAUCGAUCACUGCCCUUACAAGAAGGAGGUGCACUGCUUAGGAUUGUCCAGAGAAUGAGACUAGAGGUUUCACAACUUGAGAGUGUAGCCAGAAGAAUGACAGGGGACAGUGAAUACUGUCUUCUCCUCGCUCUACCAUGUGGACGAGAUCAAGACGAUGUCCUGAAUCAAACUCAAGCUCUUAAGGCCGCUUUUAUCAACUACUUGCAGACAAAGUUGGCUGCUGGUAUCAUCAAUAUCCCCAACCCAGGUUCCAAUCAGCCCGCCUACGUGCUACAGAUCUUCCCACCGUGUGAAUUUUCAGAGAGCCACUUAUCCCAGGUCGCCCCUGACCUCCUCAACCGGAUCUCCAGCAUCUCGCCACACCUCAUGAUUGUCAUCACCUCUGUGUAACCUUCACUGCUGGGAACUGUCCCACAGAUGAAUGUUCUCGACGAUGAGCCUCAGGAAACCAGAGGAAUAUGAGAAUAUUUUUUUCCUGAACACAAUAGGAAUGUGUAGGAUACACCCAUCAACUCUUUUCCUUUUUUCAUCAGUCUCUAUUUUUUUUUUUUUUUGUCACUCCUGUCUGGUAUUUUUGUCCUUCUCAAAAGAACUCAGGGAUGGACCAAACCAGAAUCAGUCUUAUUUGACCAUUUCUCUGCUGUAUUUCUAUUUAUUGGAGUUUAAUUUUAAUGUUCAGAGAUGCUUUGAAAAAAAAAUUCAGGAUGUUUGAUGAUGAGCGUGACUAUUUGGGUGGCCUUUUUCUUUUUGUCUUUUUUUAUUGAUUGUCCUAUUCAUUUCUUCGCCAGAGAGGAUCGUAGAGGCUGUUGUACCACAAUGGCUAAAAAGACAUUUCAAUGUGUAAUUUUAAAUAAUUAUAAACAGACCUCCUCAUCCAGGUUUUCUUUAGAGGAGGAAGAAUUAACAGAGACCCUGUAGAGGACCACGUUUGUUUAACAGCUCCUUUUAAUUCCACCAGCUCUGCUCAUGUUCCCACUACUGACGCAGUCCCACAUCCGGCACCUGUCUUUGCAUUGAACAAGCUACAGUAUGAUUUGGGAGUUUUUGAAUACAGGACUUUGUAAAUAUUUUAAAUAUUUAAACUUUGACUAUGGAACUUGGACAACAGAGAUUUGAACUCUGGGGAGAACCGGAGCACAGUGUGGAAAAUUUUGAUGGAUAAUGACUUUUGGGUGUAAAUACUUGUAACUCAAGAAGGUUGGCAGACUCUCCAGUGGAGUCUGCUGAUGGCACUUCAGAUUUUGUAACUCAAAUAAAACAAACUCCAGAAAAUUUGAA